GAGGAGGCUUUGCGGGCCUGGCAGCAGUUCGAAGGCUCCGACGAGACUUCGAGGUUACAUUGGUUGAUGCGAAGGAGUUUUUUGAGUUCUCCCCUGGAAUGGUUCGGCCGUACACGCAGCCGAAGCUGUAUGGCAAGUUGGUCCUUGAGUAUCGAAGCGUGUGCAACAAGAUGAAGGUGGCCUGGAUCUGGGGUGCCGCCAAGAAGAUUGACGACAAGGAGGUCGUUGUCCAGCUCAGCAAUACCAGCACAAAGAGCGGCCAGCGGGUGGUGUUACCAUAUGACUACUGCAUCAUCUCAGCGGGGUGCCACUACAGCAGCAACCUCUGGUACGCCUCGAUCCUUGGGAGGGACCGAGAGCGCAGUCUUGAAGGGCGUCAAGAGCGAAUAGAAAUGGAGCAUAAAAAGCUCUCAGAGCUUGCCGCGCGAGGGGCCCACGUCGCGGUCAUUGGUGCUGGCUACGUGGGUGUGGAGUACGCGGCUGAGCUGCGCUACUAUUAUCCCACGCUUCAGAUCAGCCUGGUUGGCAGUCCCAGAGGCGUUUGCCCUUCCAUGUGCCCUGGGGCAAGGAAGUACAUCAAGGGCCAUCUGAAGAAGCACAACAUCACGAUGCUUGCUGGACCAAAAUACUCCGAAGCCAACUCCACGCUGUUCUGGAAAAAGGUGGGGCGAUCGCCACCAGAGCGUGUCUUCAAGAGUGUCGGCAUGCAGCCGCAUUGCGAGUUUCUUCCGUCGGCAUGUCUGAGCAGCAAGGGAUGGGUCAAGGUAACCCCGACGCUACAGGUGGCGCAGCUCGAUGGUGACAGCGAGUCCCUCUUUGCUGGUGGCAAGGUGUUUGCUGUCGGCAACUGUGCCGAUGAUGUUCCAGGCCUCCUGCCGCUGCCGAAGAAUUCGUACCCAGCCGAGGAGAUGGCGGCACAUGCAGUGAGAAACAUUCGCCGCAUGGAGUCGCAGCGGCCGAUGAGAUCUUUCCACUGGGCCUGGCCUUGCAGCGUCUGUGCCACCAGCCUGGGCCCCAAAGACGGUGUCCUCUUGGUGAAUCAGAAGCGGCCAGGAUCUGGAUUCGUUGCCAUGCGCGGGAGAGCGGUCGUUUGGCUAAAGGAGUUCAUUCGCUGGAGCAAGGUGGACGAGUGUCGGAUGGGCACGAUUGGAACACUUAUAUGGCGCUUUGUGCAUUGA